UGGAUAGCGUCGCCUCACAAAUACUCAGCAAAGUGUCAUUGGCUGGGUCUGCACCGCCGCCGAGCUUCCCUGCUCCCGGUGCGGCGGACUCAAGAAACCAACAGGCCGGCUCCCGGCUGGUCCCUUCUUGCCACCGCCUUCUCCGCUGCCGCGCCAUAAACCAAAUCGGGAGGAGCAGAGGCCAAGCACCCGAGCCGCAUGCACCACCGCCUCCUCCGCUGCCGCGCGAUGCCUCUCCCGCCGCUGCCGCUGAAGACGCCGGGGGUUUCCGGCCGGCGCCUCUUCGCGUCCCUCCCGCCGCCGCCACCUCUCCGGUUCCGGAGAGAGGUGCAUGUUUGGUCUUUGCCUGACGAGUUGACUGAUCACUCCCAACUGAAGAUAUAUGCGGAACUCCUUUCUCCAGCUGAACGAAAGUAUGCUUUGUCUAUGAAUGAAACAACAUUGCAGAAAGACGCUAUGUUGUCCCGUGCAUUGUUGCGCACCACUCUCUCAAGAUAUACAGAUUGUAAAAUUGAUCCAAGGUCAUUUGAGUUUAAGAAGAACAAAUUCGGCAAACCUGAGAUAGUGUGGCCACCUGAUGAUAGCAUUGUGGAACGACCUUUGCAUUUCAAUAUUUCACACACAUCUUCUUUGAUUGCCUGUGGCAUUGCCAUUCAUGCUCAUAUUGGCAUUGAUAUUGAAGAGAAGAAGCGGAAGACAGCCAAGAGUAUUUUAUCUCUUGCUUGCCGUUAUUUUACCCCUUCUGAAGUUGACUAUCUAGCUGAGAUUUCUGAUUUGGAUGCUCAGCGGAAGGAAUUCAUAAAACUAUGGACUCUUAAAGAAGCAUAUGUAAAGGCUCUUGGAAGGGAUUUCUCAGGUGCUCCAUUCAAUAGGUUUUCAAUCGUGUUGGGAACAAGUCAGGGAAUUCAGAUUUCUAAGGCAUCAAAAUUAUGCAAUGAUACCCAUUCUGGUUGUGAUAAUCUGUCUGAGAAUUGGCAAUUUACACUAGCCGAGCUGAAUAGUUCUCACUACAUGGCAGUCUGUAUAGAGGACGAUCCCAGAAAUCUAGGUUCUGAAAAUUGUCCUGUACCAGUAGGAUUAAAAGUAUGGAAGACCAUACCGUUUGUAGAAGAUACACUUGUCUCUGGAACAGAAGCGGUAAAACUUAUUGCUUGAAUAUGUCAGGACAUGUGCCACAAGGUGGUUUCGACCAGAUAGUUUCACCAGAUGACAGUAUGAUGCCAGAUUUUGUUUUGCACCAACUAGGUGGCCAAACUCUGAGGCUCUGAGCAUUCUUGAAGCAUGGUAAUGGAUGCUUGACAUUGUGAAAUAGCAAGAACCUAAGAAUGUAACAGAAUAUACUUAGGAUUUAGGAUUUUUUUUUCAUUUGCUUUCAGCCUGCGAGAACAAUCUAUUUCCGAAGGAAUAAACCACUCUCUCAUUUUUCUUUUUUCAUCAUCGCAGACGUGUUUGGGUUCCCAUUUAGCUACAAUCUGACAUCGUUGAAACAUUGGUACUUCAUCUAUGCAUAUGCUUCUACCAAAGGCUGACGUUACUCUGUGUUUGAGAUGGGUCUUUUUUUUUUUUCUGCAAGCCCGUGUGUGUUUGAGAUGUUGAGAGCAUUUUAUGUUUGAGAUAUGAAGAUGUACCAGCUUUCAAGUUUAGUCGUCUGUCUUGGCUCUCCCUUUGUGUCGCCAACACUGGUAGCCUUCUCUAUGAUGAAGAGUUCACAGACUACCUUCACCAGUAUCCAGAUAAUUUCAGGUAUGCCAAUGAACUAAGCCGGGAGCAGAAGAACAAGAGCUGUGGCAAGAUGUACGUCCAGUACAAGAUCGAGGAGUAGAGUGAUGAGAUUUUCAAGCUUUUGGAUGCUGGUGUGCGCAUCUGCUUUUGCAGUUUGAAGGGGAUGAUGCCAGGGAUCCAGAACAUGCUCAAGAGAGUAGACGAGCAAAGAGGUGAGAGUUGAGACAAGAAGCUGGCACAUGGAUGAGGUUUACAAGGUUACAGUGUCAUGGAUCAUGAUUAUUUAACCGCGAUGAAAAACGUAACAGAUAAAUGAAUUAUGCUCGCUUGGAUUGUAAAAUUGUCAAUAUUCACAAGCUUCUGCCUCACCCUCACAUGAUGAAUAAAAACAAAGCGCACUUUUGGCUGUGAGGUCCUA